ACUUCAACUACUUUAACUAGCUCCUACUUCAACGCCCACGCAUUAUUAAAGAAGAGUAUGUAGCCUUAUAUGGAAGUUGAAAGUUGUAGCAAAGGAGUGCCUGCCCUUAAAUUUUUAGAGCCAUGGCCUCAAUCGUUAUAGGUGCUGGAAAACAGCUCCAAAUAAUCUUUAUUGGUGAUUCUGGUGUUGGGAAGACAUCAAUAUUCAAAUUAUUUGAAAAUCAUGAAGUCUUCCAGUCUCCUGUAGUCACAAUUAAUCCUCAGACAAUAGAAAGGAACAUUGUCAUUGGGCCACCACAUGAGACUGUAAAGCUCUCUAUUUAUGAUACAGCUGGUCAGGAAAGGUUUAGGUCCUUCACAAGACAGUACUGCAGAAAAGCAGACAUUGCUUUCCUUGUUUUCAGCAUCACUGAUGCUGAUUCAUUCCACCACAUUAGAGAGAUAUGGAUGAAAGAGAUGGCUGGUAACAGCGGAGAGGGUGACACUGAGAUGAUUCUAAUUGGUAACAAGUCUGAUUUGAUGGAUGAGAGAAUGAAUCCUUUAUCAACUAGCAAGCAAUUGGCUGAGCAAUAUCAGAUGAGGUUCAUCGAAAUGUCUGCCAUUAAAAAUGAUGAUUUUCAAAAGUUGUACGGCGUACUUAAGGAAGCUGUGACCGAUGUGAUAAAAAAAGGAGGAGGAGGAAUGAAAGAAGACAUUGUGAUUAUUAACGAUGAUAAGCCAGCUCCACGAGAUGGCAGAUGGUGUAAAUCAUGUAGAAAGUGACAUGUAAACUUUAUCGGGCCACGAGUAUAGUGAUACUUUUACUUUGGUGAUAACAAUUUACACAGUGUGAACUUUA